AUGGUUGAGAAGAAAGUGCAUGUGGACUUUGUGAUGCGGUGUUUGUCUGAGAAGACUAGAGUGUUCUAUCUUUCUUCGCCAAUGCGGAUGAGUACUUUGUACUGGGGAUUGUUUUCUCUUUCGAUGCUGGAUGAUUUGCCUAUGGUUAUUGGCUUUGCGGGGCGGAUUGAGGAAUUUGUUGUGAAGUGCCAAAAUGAAGAUGGUGGAUUUGGUGCGGCGGUUGGGUAUCCUUCUUCGCCUCUGGCUACUCUGUCGGCUUUACAGUUGCUUUCUUUGAUUCAGCAGACUAAACUGACUUGUCAGAGUAAGGGAAUGCCAGUGCCGGAGGUAGAAGACUGUGGGCUUAAACGAGCUGGAGAGUUUACUAUUCAGAACCGCAUUGAUGAACAAACAAUUCAGCCUUUGCUAAGUAUGCCCAAAGUAGUACUGCUAGGAGACGAAGAGGAUGAGAGUGAUGAAAGUGAUGAUGAAGAAAAGGAAGACGAUCACGAGCCUAUUGAAAACAGUGCUGGUGCGCCGGAAGGUACACAAACCCAAGAAAGUGUAGAGGGCAAGACUAAUAUAGAGGGGCCAAAAGAUCAAGAGUCCUCUAAGACUCCUGAUCAGAGAAACAAGUCGGACCGGCCGGAUAAUGACCAGACCAAACCUUCAGAGACUCCGAAUAAACCUGAAGGAGAGAAAAACACUGAUUCUAACCCGGACAGUUCUACUAAGCCUAGUCAUAAACCUUCUAAUCAGCCUAGACCUAAAAUGCCUAACUGGGUUAUGUGUAAUGCUUUUCUUGAGAAGUUCGUGACUGAUGAGAAGAUUAUUGGGUAUCCUGGAUUCUUGCUUGACCAGCGAAUGCCUUUUUGCUAUACAAUAUCGAAGAACUUGCUUUCUCAGCUGAAUGCAGGUGGUCCUGAGUACUUUUUGGUUCUAACCCCUAUCAAAACGUUGCUUUGUGAUUACAUUUCUAAGUGCAGUAAUUUUGAUGGUGGUAUUGGGUGUGAGCCAGGUUGCGAAUCACAUGUAGCCUAUACUUUUUGUGCAAUCUCAACUCUAUUUAUUAUUGGUGAAAUUGGAGCUAUUGAUACAGAGGGUUGUGCCCGUUUUCUAACCCAAUGUCAAAGAAAGUCUGGUGGCUUUGCUGAUCGAGUAGAUAAGUCCGAAGAUCUGUGUGCUUCAUUUUGGGCCUAUUCUAGUCUUAUGCUUCUGGGUAAGUCCUUCUAUGCUGAUACCAAAGCUCUCAAAGCGUUUGUUCAGUCUUGUGAGUGUGUAACUGGUGGCUUCUCAGACCACCCGGGCAAAACCCCUAAUUUACACCAUACGACAAUGGCUCUAUCUCUACUUGCUAUGCUAGAUAGUACUUCUAUUCUUGAUGCCAUUCCUGCUAUGGCCCUUUGUCUCUACGAUUAA